CGUAACGUGUAUUCUGAUUGGCUUUUCCGCCCCUAACUUUUUUCCUACUAGCUAGUGAGGUUUUUAAAGCGUGGAAUAGAAGCGAAUGGUGUAGUUUAUGUUACUAUGGCAACUGAGGGGAACCCACCCUAUAACAGAAGGCAGCUGUCUGCAAGUCUGGGAAAUACUGUAAAGUGACGAGACUUAGACAUAGAUUGACGACGCGCCUGUUGACGACCCUUCGUUAAAGGUUUUGGUACCAAAUAACAGCGGCACUUUGAAACGACUUAAAUGAGCAGUUGUCCACACGUCUCUCCUGCUGGAAUUCUGUGCGUGGCAGAUCAGUGUCAUGGCCUUCGAGAACUAGCACUUAAUUACCAUCUUCUGAGCGAUGAGCUAUUACUGGCCCUUUCCACCGAGAAGCACGUUCGCCUCGAACACCUUCGCAUUGACGUUGUAAGUGAAAAUCCAGGUCAAACGCAAUUUCAUACAAUUAAGAAACAAAGCUGGGAUGCGCUUAUCAAGCAUUCACCAAAGGUGAACAUUGUCAUGUACUUCUUUCUGUAUGAAGAGGAAUUUGAUGCAUUCUUCAGAGAAGAGACUCCUGUCACUCAUCUUUACUUUGGUCGGGCAGUAAGCAAAGCAAUGCUUGGACGGAUCGGUAUGAACUGCCCACACCUAAUUGAGCUGGUUGUGUGCACCAAUGGGCUUCAACCGUUGGAUGAUGAGCUUAUUCGAAUUGCAGAUCGAUGCAAGAACUUGACUUCUAUUGGUCUUGGGGAGUGUGAGGUCUCUUGCAGUGCAUUUGUAGAGUUUGUAAAAAUGUGUGGAAGGAGACUCACCCAGCUAUCCAUUAUGGAAGAAGUACUCAUUCCUGAUAACAAAUACAACUUGGAGCAAAUUCAUUAUGAAGUUUCAAAGCAUCUUGGCAGAAUGUGGUUUCCAGAUUUGAUGCCUACUUGGUAGGCAAGCCGGUAUAAAGCAUGAAGCUUCAGAAUUCCGUUGGCCUUCGGUUCUGCUUACUAUGCAACAGUCAGAUUCUAAAAUAUAUGGUGAAAAUACUGCUUGAUUGGCAUGGUUUGUACUGGAUAAAAACUUUGCGGGGAUGAUGUGAUUGUC